AUGGAGAAUACCGUACCCUUAGUAGAUGCCCAUUGCCAUAUCGACAAUACAGCAACUAUACCCAAUAGUGAUAUUGUAAAAUGUAUAAUGGCUACAAAUUUAGACGAUUUCAACACUGUCUCUAAUCAAAAUAAUAAACUUAAUGGAUUCGGUAUACAUCCAUGGUAUUCUCACCUAUUCUCUUUGAAUGCUGAUUGUAACGAUAAAGUAUCUCAUUAUAAAUCAGUCUUACACUUUUCUCCCAACUUACCCGAUUCUAAAAUCGAUCAAAUUAUUGAAAAUUCACUACCACAGCCAACUAAUUUAAAUGUAGUAAUUCAAGACAACUUAGACUGCUUUGCAACAUUGAAAUUCAUCGGUGAAAUUGGAUUAGAUAAGUCAUUUUCAUUGAAAUUAGACGAUUCAAUCGAAUGCCAAAUUAAAUUAGAUCAUCAAUUUAAAAUAUUCGAAAGAUUGUGCCAAUUGGCUAAUCAAUUCAAUCUAAACGUAUCAAUACAUGAUGUGAAGUGUACAAUGUACUGUUUUACCACUUGCGAAAAACUGCUCUUCCCAAAUCCAAACGUUAAGAUAAUACUACAUUCAUACAAUUCUUCCAUGGAUUUCUUACAAAACUUUUGGUUGAAAAAUCUAUAUGAUGAUAAGAGAAUUUAUUUAAGCAUCUCUAAGAAGAUAAAUUUCAAUAAAUCAAAUAAGUUGAACAUCAAACUGAUACCAAAAGAUACCAUCCUACCGGAAACAGAUUUAAAUGUGCAUGAUCCUAAUUACUGUGAGAGUUUAAUUUACGUCUACGAACAUCUUAUGUCAAUUUACAAUUUAUCAGAUUUAGACGCAUGCAAAAGACUUCUAUAUGCUAAUUUCAGUCAAAUGUUAGAAUGA